UUUUCAAUUGCUUUACCAAUAUCAGAAUUACUCCUAUGAUGAGUAGCUUGAAGACAUAUAUUUCCUUUGUUCUUCUUUUCGCUUUUGUUCUAUCUUCUCAUGUUUUGACCCAUGAAUUACUUCACGGGGACAUGAAUGAUGAAAAAAGUGAUCCGUUAAAAGAUUUGACAAGUGAUUCAUCUGUGGGUUACAAACCAAAUGGGCAAUGGGGUAUUACUAUUGGGCCUGAGCCCAAUGAGGAGUUUGAUGAUGAGGACUUCAGUUCCGGCGAAUAUAACAGUGGUCAUCGUUAUGGGCGUUAUGGUGGCCGUGGUGGUUCGGGGAGGUAUGGUAAUUAUCCGAGAGGCGGCCGCCGUGGGGGCAGUGAUUAUGAUGACGGUUCAGAUGAUGAUGAUGAUUAUAGUCGUCACCAAAGUGAUUAUAAUCAUCGGCGUUACAGAAGAUAUUCCAUUGAAUCAGUUCAUCCUCAAUCUUUAAAUUCGCAAAAUUCAGAAAUGAUGAUGAAGAACUACUACGACUUGGAUGGAAAUAUUAAGCAUCGCAAAACGAUUAGACCUUCAAAAUUUGAUUAUGGGAGUAGCACCACAGAUGAGGAGGGUGUUAAAAAAGGUUAUGAAGAAGUUGGUAAUUAAGAAGCCAAUGAAAUAAUUCAAAUAAUGAACUAUGAACUAUAGUCAAUAUAUAUGUUUAUGGCAUAUAUUUAAUAUUAUGAUGGUAUCUAGCUAUAUUCUCAAUAAUAUACCAUGGAUUAUGGAGCAGCAAAGCCUAGCUUGUGGAAUUUGCAUGUAUUUCUUAAUUAUGUGUCUUAUUAGCUUGUUCUGUUACAAGCAUUGUAAGUUCGUUCAUGAAACUUAUCUUUUGUAUUUGAAUUAUGAAAUGAGUAU